GUACCAUCUUUGUUAACCCCUCCCUCCUUUUUUCUCUCACACACAAAACACACAAUACUUACUUUGGCUAUCCCACAUUGACUUAUUCUCCGGCCAAAUUUUCCGGCCAUCAUGCCUGAGCUUGAGAUCGAUAUAAGUUAGAAUAUCAGACGCGAUAAGGCAAUUGCAUUCAGAAUUCGUUGGCUGUAGAGUUUUAGUAUGAAUUUUGAGAGGGAUUUACCAAUUCCUCCCCAAGAAAGCGGAGAAUUCAGUAAACAUGUGACUGGUGGAAUGCCUAUUCCAUAUGAGAGUGGAAUUGGUCACAGAAUUAUGAAUGGUGAUCAUAUGGUGCCUCCACAGACAACUCAAAAAGGAUUUGGGGUUGUCAAUAAUGGGAGUUCUUGGAAUACACCUAUGGAGCAGACAGUUUUACAAAGUAAUGGAAUUGGACAGAGUAGGAGUUCCUGGACUCCAGAGACUCCAAACAAGAUAAUUAAUGAAAGAUCAAAUCCUAUUCUUGUUCAAGAAAAUCAAGUAGAGACUGAGAAUUGGGAAGAUUUGCUUGGAAUGUACACAGGCUUGUUGCAAGAAAACACACUUGAUUUGAAUGCAUUUGUUGAGAAACUUGAUCCAACACCACCACUACCAGUGGUUCAUGAUUAUAGAAAUCACAACUCCAGCCAAGCCUCGGCCUUUAAUUCGGCAGACCCUGCAACUUGGAAGCGUGGUGAUGUGGCAGCUAUUUUAAGCUCAACAAGUAGCUCAGCAAGUGCUCCGUAUACGAACGAAGCACAUAACAAUGGCAUCCACAUAUCAAACAUGCCGUUCAAUCCAAAUCAACCUACUCAAGCUGAAGGCAAUGUUAUCAGAUCCACAUCUAGGACUUCUAUGCUUGAAAGUCGACAAACUCAGAAGUUCACUUCAAACAAUUUGAUAGAUGGAUUACCGGUCACUUCUCAAAAUCGCUACAACUUGAAUUCACCACCAAGCUUGAGACAAGAUGUAGCAGCCUCUGGUGUAACUGAUUCUUCUCCAUUUGCUCCGAUCACACCAGAUAAUCAGAGAAAGAAUAUGUACAAUCAAUGGGUACCAGAAAAUAUCAACUUUCUAGUCGAAGAAGCUUCAACUACAAUAAAAGACAGUCAUGAAAAUCAAACCGUAUCAACUGCAGACACAGAGAACCUAUACAAUGAGCUAUUGCAGACCAUUGGGGACUCCCCGCCUUCUGCAAUUUCAACAACACAGAAAGAACACAUUAUUUCUGAAAAUAGGGAUGAACAUGUCAUUGGCUUGAAUGAAACCCUACAGCAAAAGACUACCUCGAGAAGAAAAAAACACCGCCCAAGGGUGAUUAGAGAAGGGAAACCUAAAAGGACACCAACGCCUAAAACUCCAACAAAUGGUUCUAAUGAGAUCCGAGUUAAAAGGAAGUACGUGAGGAAGGGUGUUUCAAAUGGAGAAAGCCCAGUAGAAACCAUUGUGAAAAGAAAGUAUGUAAGGAGGAAGGGUGUUUCAAAAGGAGAAAGCCCAGUGGAAAACAUUGUGAAAAGAAAGUAUGUGCGAAAGAACAUUGACAACUUGAAACGUCAACCAGCAUCAGCAGCUGAAACUCCACCAAAAUCAUGCAAAAAGAAACUGAACUUUGACUCAGACAGUGUAGCACAAGAUGAAAGCCAUGAAAAUAAUUGCACCCAACAAGAUAUAAAUGGCAAUGCAAAUCCUCAAGACAUACAACAAAAUGAUAGAAUCAAUGGAAUGCUCGAGACACAGCAGAAUACAUAUAUCGGUAGCAGCAUGCAAAAUGAGCCAAAUGUUCCAACCACACCUCUUGCUAAUGGAAGGUACCAUGCUUUGAAUGUGCUUGCAAGAAAUAUGAGCAUGAGUCCAAGAGAUACACGGGAGAACGAGUAUAAUAAAGUAAACAAACCUGUUGGAAUCAAUAACAGUGUCAUUCAAUCGGGUAUGGUGGCCACACAUCAGCAAGGUACCCCUCAGUCUUUCACAAGUGGUAUGACAAGUUUAGAUGAAAGAAGAGGCAUCAAGAGACAGGGUUCGAAUGUGAAUGCCAUGGAUUCUCUCCUGUUGUACCAGAAAUUCUUAAUAGGAGUUGCACACCGUGCUUAUGAUAACAACAAUUUGAGUAGCAUUUUAUUAGAAAAUCACAAAAAACUGAAGAUGGAAAGGGAGUUGCAAGCUCUUGAAGGUAACCAGAGACAAAUGAAUGGCAUCUAUGGAAAUGGCUCUGCCAUGCAGUUAUUAUAUUCUUCUGGAAGAGUCGACCCGUCUUGUAAAACAGUGAAUGGGGGUGGAAAUGCAGACCAGCUCUCGUUCCGUCUACGAAUGGCCGCGACACAUUAUUUACAGAAGCAGCAGGUGUUAUCUGGAAUGCAACCCCACACAAUGAGAUCAAUACCAGGAGCAUCAAGAUAUGCUCAGGGUGCAAUGAUCAGCUGGAAUCCAACGCCAACUACUCCACCAAAAGGGGACUCUAGAUAUGCAGCAACGACUUACACUGCUACUUCAUUAGAUAAGAAGCAAACCGCAAAACCAAAUUCAUAUAACCAAAGGUUAGAAGGAUCAGAUGAGAGGCUUCAGUUACAUAGUACUACUCCCUUCAAAGGUUAUCAUCAAUCGUCAAUAAUAGCAAGAGGACGACCAAGCCAAAAGAAUACUGAAAUCUCAGUUGAUAUUAUUACACAUAUGCUAGAAGAUCUGCACAUUAAUAAGAAACAUCAAAAUGGACUUGUUGUGUACAGAGGUAGCGAGGCCAUGAUUCCAUUUGAGCCAGUUAAAAAAAGAAACCUACGUCCUAAAGUAGACCUUGAUCCAGAGACAGAAAGACUUUGGAGGGUAUUAAUGGGUAUUGAGGGGAGUGAGGGGACUGAAACACUAGAUAAGGAUAAAGAAAAAUGGUGGGAAAAUGAAAGGCGGGUGUUUCGUGGAAGAGCAGACUCAUUCAUUGCUCGUAUGCAUCUUGUUCAAGGGGAUAGAAGAUUCUCACGAUGGAAAGGAUCCGUGGUUGACUCAGUGAUUGGUGUUUUUCUCACCCAAAAUGUUUCUGAUCAUCUUUCCAGUUCUGCCUUCAUGUCUCUUGCAGCCAGAUUUCCCCUUAAGUCAACAACCACAAAUAAAACAUGCUGUGACGAUGGGACAUGUGAACAGCCUAUAGCAGUAGCAGAGCCUAAUGAAGUCAUCAAUCAUCAUGAAAAGAUAACAUCUUUAGAAUUAUGUGAAGGCAUGACACAUCAAACAUCAUUAUCUAAAGGUGUACCAAAGAAGUAUAGAAGCCUAUCAGAGGAAGAAUUACUUGUAUCACAAUAUUCAUUUGACUCUUCCACAGUUCAAACUGCUGAUGAAUUUAGGUCAAGCUCGGGAUCAAACUCGGAAACAGAGGAUACUGAAUAUGAAACCAGUAAACAGUCGGGUACACCAACAGACCUCACAGAGGAAAAGCACCCUACCAUGCUCAAAGACUAUUUCGGUCAUGAGUUACUUGAAGAACAUGCAGUGCAUCAUUUGCCAAAAGAGCCCGAGUGUAACAUGCAACUUCACCUUAACAUGCAAACUCCUACAACGAACAGUAUCAAUCCGACAACUUCACCAAGUCAGUUCCAAGUGGGUAUGGCCCCAGGUGUUCAAAAAGCAGGUUUGCCGAACCCUGAAGCACUAGGAGGAGAAAGCGGACCUUUUCCUUCGUCUAUAUUCGGAAUGACCGACACAUACCAUACGAAUACUGUUACAUAUCCACAAGACGAAAUGCCAAUGUUCCAAGCACCACCAUUUGUCCAAUACAACUUACAAAGCAGUGUUCCAGGCCAGCUUCUGAACACUGACCAUCAGGUGACAGAAGUCAUCAAGGAGAAAACAAGAGAUGAUGAAACAGCGGCCAUAGGUAAAAUUGGUGCCCCAAAACAAGACUCCUUUAUGUUUGGACGAACAGAUAUCAACCUUGAGGACAGUAUUUCUGCUGUAAAUAAGCAGAACUGCUUUGAAAAUACAGUCACUGAUGCAAACUCCAAAGAGCAAAAGGUUUCUCAUGAACCAACCGGGCCAGGCACAGAUACUUCCAAGGCAAGUAAAGGAACAGCCGAGAAUGAGAUUAGCAAAACAGCUGACUGGGAUAACUUGAGAAAGGAGGCACUGGCCAAUGGUGGGAAAAAAGAGCGAAGCAAAGACGCAUCAGACUCGAUUGAUUAUGAAGCACUGAGACGCGCCCAUGUCAAUGAAAUUUCUGAUGCUAUUAAAGAACGUGGAAUGAACAACCUGUUAGCUGAUAGAAUGAAGGAUUUCCUUAAUCGCUUGGUGAGAGAUCAUGGGGCAAUUGACCUCGAAUGGUUAAGAGAUGCACCCCCUGACAAAGCAAAGGAUUACUUACUGAGCUUUCGAGGAUUGGGGCUGAAAAGUGUGGAAUGUGUGCGCCUAUUAACACUUCAUCAUCUUGCAUUUCCUGUCGACACAAAUGUUGGGAGGAUAGCAGUGAGACUAGGGUGGGUCCCACUCCAACCUCUACCAGAAUCACUCCAGCUGCAUCUACUGGAGAUGUACCCCGUGUUGGAGACCAUUCAAAAAUAUCUUUGGCCCAGGCUGUGCAAGCUGGAUCAAUUGACACUAUAUGAGCUACACUACCAAAUGAUCACGUUUGGAAAGGUUUUUUGCACAAAGAGUAAGCCAAAUUGUAAUGCAUGUCCAAUGAGAGCAGAGUGCAGACACUUUGCUAGUGCUUUUGCAAGUGCAAGACUUUCCCUUCCAGGCCCAGAGGAGAAAAGUAUAGUGACAUCAGAUGCUCCUGUUGCAUCAGAUCCAAUACCACCAAUGGUUAACAGGUCCAUAGUGCUGCCACUGCCUCCAGUAGAAAAUGACCUCAAUAAAAGUGGGAGCAAUUGUGAACCAAUCAUUGAGGAACCAACUACACCUGAGCCAGAAGCCGCAGAAUUAUCAAUAAGCGACAUUGAGGAUCAAUACUAUGAAGAUUCAGAUGAAAUCCCGAGUAUCAAACUCAACAUGGAAGAAUUUACAACCAAUUUGCAGAACAUAAUGCAAGAUGACAAGAAACUUCAAGACAAUAUGUCCAAAGCAUUGGUUGCAUUGAACCCUAGUGCUGCUUCCAUCCCUACACCUAAACUGAAAGAUGUUAGCAGGCUGCGGACAGAGCAUCUAGUGUAUGAACUUCCGGAUUCACAUCAGCUUUUAGAAGGGUUAGACAAAAGAGAACCCGAUGACCCAAGCCACUACCUCUUGGCAAUAUGGACACCAGGUGAAACUGCAAAUUCAGUACAGCCACCGGAAAUAGAAUGUCCUCUUCAGCAAUCAGGCCAGCUAUGUGAUCGGGCAACAUGCUUUUCUUGCAACAACGUAAAGGAAGCAAAUUUACAAGUAGUUAGAGGCACAAUUUUGAUACCAUGUAGAACAGCAAUGCGUGGAAGCUUCCCACUCAAUGGCACAUAUUUCCAAGUGAAUGAGAUGUUCGCAGAUCAUGCAUCAAGCCUAAAUCCAAUUGAUGUUCCAAGGGCAUGGAUUUGGAACUUGCCAAGAAGAACAGUUUACUUUGGGACUUCCGUGUCAACAAUCUUUAAGGGGCUAAGUACCGAAGGAAUUCAAUACUGCUUUUGGAAAGGAUUUGUUUGUGUGAGAGGAUUUGAUCGGGUAAAUAGGUCUCCUAGACCUUUGAUGGCUAGGUUACACUUUCCAGCAAGCAAGUUGAUCACACAAAGAACAAAGGCAAAUAAAUGAACUACAAAACAAAGAUAAAGCUCCAGGUUAGAGAAUUGUAGUAGAAAAGAGCUCAGAGACUAACAACAAAUUGUUGUACAUUCGACUAUCCAUGCUUUAAUGCAAUCGCGGUGACAUAUGUAAGCUAUCAGAGAAAAGUUAACGUGAGAUUAUUGAUAUCUUUAUUUUAUUUCCCUGUGCUCGGAAAAGAGCCAUUCUUUUAACCAGUUAGCCCAUCUUACAUAAGAAAGAAAUUAGUUAAGCAGUAGGUUGCUUUUUAACUUCGAAAUUGAUGUAUGUAGUUUCGAACAGCUUCCUGAUUACAAAAUUUAAACUAGAGCUACCUAUUCUGCAUUCAA